AUGGGGUCCGAUACGAAGGAUUUUAUUAAGUUACUCUUCUCCGUCGUUUUUCUGUUUUUGUGUUGUCUCUUUACGAUGCUGUACACGCACAAAAUAUUGGGGUUUGCCGUCCAGUUGUUUCUGCGGUACUGCAUUUUGUCGUCAACAGCGCGUGUACGUCUCGGAAGCAUAGUUAUCGCCCCACUGAGUUGCCGCAUAUUUGUCCAGGACUUCUUCUACCAGGAUGAGAACCUGUCGCUUCGCCUCAUGGACGGGUACGUCUCUUUUUGCUUCUGGGACUCGUGGUUGGAGGACCCGUCAUGGACGGUCGUGAAGGAAUUCAUGUUCGAUGAUUUGAAGGGCGCGCGCUGCAGAGUGAAGGUGAAGAAGGAGUGGGUGCAGGGCGUGAUUGUGGAUGUACUGCGGGAGGAACGGGCGGUGCGGGUGCGACUCGAGGGAAAUGGCAGUGAGAUGGCAGAGGAUGCACCGUUCGUUGAAUUGGAUGUUGGCAAUCGCGCUGCUGUGGCACCGUUUAUGGAGGUUGAUGGUGUGAAUGGAGACACGCUUCUCUCCACAGACUACGUUGCUCCCCACGGCAAUCAUGACGAGAGCAACGACAGGGAUUUUUCUCCGUGGACGCAAAUGGGGCAGGAAGACCCACAAUUCGCCGUCCAUCAAAAUGUAGAUUCCAUCUUUUCAUCUCUAGGGGAUCGUGAUGUUCAAUGCGAACGAGGGGAAUCAAACCAAGAUACUGGCGAAGUUCAUGAUAAUGAUGGCGUUUCCACAAGUUUAUUCAAUAUAGACAUUGUGCAGAUACCACAGAGCCGUGGCAAAGUCCGUGUGCACUUGAACGGCUUGGGCCUCUGCUUGUAUAAUGCCACAUGGAGCUAUAAGGAGUUGACAUCAACGCAGGCCCCUUCUGCGCAUGCUAGCGAGGAACUGCGUGCAACUUCCGCGCAAGGUUGGACCCUGAGGAGUAUCCUUGGUCGCCUGAUGCAAGAAGGGGAUAGGAAUCAAUCAAACGAGGACGAAGGUAUGAGGAUAUGGACACGUGGUGACUCGGAUGGGAGUCAAACAUACAGUGAUGAGUCGUUGAAGAGCGCAUUGGAGGAACAGCAGCGUUUGAAGAACAAAAAGAGCAUUGUACAGCGUUUGUUUGACUUUAUUGGUGCCGUGGAGGUUGAGAUGUACGCAAGUUACGUCGAUAUUGGCGGGGCCGGUGCUGCACACCCGUACUUUUUGCACUUUGGCUUUAAGCGUGGGGAGUGCCACAGUUACUUGACGAUGGAUGGCAUGCCCAGCAUUGACCUCUACCGCUUUGUUACAGAAAUGACGCUGGAAGAGGUGCAUGCGCGCUGGUGCCAUAUGAAAAAGGAGAAGGAAGACAGGAAUGCUCUUUUCCAACACGGAAAGGCAAACAACUUAGGUAAAUCGCUUACCAUGAUGGGUAAAGGCACAUCCUUAAAUGAAACGCAAGGCCCUGUUAUUGAUGAGGCGUCAUCCAUUAUUCGUAACUACGGCAUGCUCCUUAACGGCAGGGAGAACUCUACCAUACACAUCGUUUUCUAUCGCGAUGUGACAAAUGUUUACGCGGGCGAAGAGGUGAGCCGCGAGGUGGAACUACCGCACAUGGGGUUGGAGGUGCUCCUUGACGUCCCUGAGAUUUGCUACGGCCCGUGGUCCCACUACUCGCUUAUGGAGUUAAAGAACUUCUUUUUGCCGUUCACAUAUAAGCCGCUUGAGUCAUUGAACUUUGAGCUCGGCAAAUCACGUCCUCUCGCUGGUUUGGAGCUGCUUGUGGAAUUUCUUCGUGACACGUGUGUGACGUUGCCGUUUAAGCGAAAAGCACCUUGCCCUUCGCCGCCCUUUGGCAUUCGUGACUCGGGACGCAAGGGGGUUAUACUAAUGACAUUGGGCCGCGAGUCGCACUACAUACAAAAGCCGCAGUUUCUUUUAAGUAGGGAGAAGAAGCAGCGGUCUGAGAGCUUUUUUUCAGGGAAAAAUGUGUCAAUGGCUACAAACGGCAUUCAAGAAGAGAGCACGUUGCUUGCGCGGAUGAGUACGAUUGAACUCUUCAUUGACAGGGAAGACGAUCGCGUGUACACGGGGCGGAAACUAUGGAACGUGCUGCCUUCCUUUGGCGAGCUGGAGGUGUGGUGGUACAUGGACCACGUCGAAUUCUUCAUGGACCUCAUUACGGAUUGGCAGUUUGUGGCUGAGAUGUACCACGGCGUGCCGCUGACGACGGAGAUUUACAACACGUACAGCCGGUUCGUGACGGAGUUCAGCCCAAAUGUGAAGCGGUUUGAGUUAUUUUUUACAGCUCCCGCUAUCUUGCAUUUGAACUGCAAUCCACGGAACGUCAUCUUCAGCGAGGACCUGAAUGACGAGUCCCUCAACAGUUUUAUGAACUUUCACAUCAACGGCACGGGCCAUUUCUUUAUUACGCUGCCAAAUGACACGUACUUUUUGAGUGCGUCAACGGAGGUGCAGCGUCCCUUUGAGAUGAUCUUGCGGGAUUUUGAUGCGAGCUUGAGCCUCCCGCCGACACAUCCGCUGUACAGACUCGUGGGUACCGCAGAGCCGUUUGCACGGGCCGAUGAGGUCUCUCUGAGGGGGUUGCAGAAUGUGUACAUACCGAACCAGACGGUGCCACAGGAUAAGACACCAGUGGAUCCUGCAACAGGCCGAACGAAGCUUCUCAAUCAUCUUCACAUGGACAUUCAACUAACCGGCCUGCGUGGGUUUCUGAUGUCUCCGCAUAUUUCCUCUUUUCUUGAGCUGAUCGAUAACCUCCUUGGUGAUUCGCAGUGUGUAAUUCGACCCGAAGAGCUUUUUUGGCCACCGUCCAGGAUACAUCCCAAACUGGAUUUACCGAAAAACGUGCGACAGAGUUUCAAUGACUACUUGCAGAAGGACGAACCACGUUGUGCCAUUCAGGAACUCAGCAUGACUCUCAAUAUCUUAGACAUGGACGUCACGCUAAGAAGUGGCGGGGAGAACUCACCCAAGUUGAAUCUUUGCGGUGCCAAAUUCAACUUUUCCCUCAUCAAACAGUGCGCCUCAACUGACAUGACCAUCACAGCUACUCCGAUCACUGGACGUUUUUUUGAACAGGAUGGGGACAGUCUUGUGGAAGGGACAUUCCUUUGCCUGGGAGAAAUUAAGAUUAGCUCGAUCCAGCACUUUGGACCAAUGCCCAUGCGGACACCUUUUCACAGGGCGAUGAAUAUAAUAAUUGACGGCAUCACAUUUGAGGUGACUGUGGAGCAGAUGGCAAUGCUGACGCAGCUACUGAACACGCUAAUGCGACAGUUCCCUCUGCGUGAUGCGAGACUUCUGCGGGAGAUUGAAACUGCGAAGACACGGGCGGCGUACUCCACAGACCACAUCAUGCCGCAGUCGGCGCACCCGCGGCGUAAAACCAUCAGAAUACUUCCCACGGACGAUGACAUUUUGCCGUUUUCUUGUGUCCGGGGUGAUAGGUGCACGAGAAGGAAGGGAUCUGCUACGCUCAAUAAGAUCACGGAUGCGCGGUUGGCACUGGAACGAUUUCUUGCCCGCGACGGUCCCAUUUUAAAGGUGCCCUUCUCAGAGUCGAUUCCUGAAUUGAUGGCCGUGGAUUUCAACAAAUACCUUGAGGCUUUUGAAGCGGCAGCGGACGAGGCGAAGGACCACGCUGUUGUCACGAUCCUUGCGUCGCUUGAGUGUGUCGCGGGGUGUGUGCGUGUUGGCCCCGAUGGCUACUUGGAACUGCAGCUUCCGCGCGGGGUGCAACUUGCCUCCUCGACCCUCAACGACCUGAACUCUAACAGUCGUGUGAGUGCUGCUGUGCGGGACAUCGCAUUGCGUGGGUUCUGUCGACUCAGCGUGCAUGAGGAAUCGAAACUCAGUGAGGACUUUGUGGAGGUGUUUCACGUGGAGACGUCGCUGCGCAUGCGUAACUGCACGGCGUAUCCCUUCGACCAAGGACUUGAGCACCAUUUGGAGAAGCAGCGGCGGUUUUUGGACGAGAACGACAUGGAUCGUCUUUUUAACUUUUGGUUUUCUUUUUCAAAAGACACCCAACUGGAGACGAGUACUACCAAGAAGCCGGAAACGGGUGUAAGUGGCACACAACCGGUGCAUGCAAACGGCGCCGGGGAGGAAGAUGCAGAUGAGGAGGAAGAGGAGCGCUUGCGAGGGAGCGCACGUCGAGCGACGAUUUCCUUUUUGGAUGGUCUUGUAUCCUUUCGAGAGAAAUUUAAAAGCCCGUCGGCGGCAAAUACUCUGUCUGCGUGCUCUACGCGUUCUGCGGAGGUGAAUUUGCAAAGGGAUUCUCCAAAUGACAACAAUAACAACACUUCUCAAAGGUAUGCGACGUGUCUCUCUGCAACAAGCGAGAAGGACUUGGAAGGCGACGAGGUUGAAGAGAUGGAGUGCACGGGGAGUGAUCGCACCUCGAUUCUCGCAAACGACGCCUUUGCCGCUGCGAAUGCCAGUGGUGAUGCGGCUCCGACGUCUUCUUUGAUGAGGGAUGUCGAAUUGGCAAAUGAUUUUAUGUUGCGUCCCUUGGAAUCUUUCACAUCGUUUCUGCGGCCGUUUUUUCUGCACUCGCGGGCCGACGACGAGGUGACGUCGCUGAACUACAAUGCGGCGGCACGACAAGCAAAGGGCGGCAUCCGCGAUUUUACGUGCUUUCACGCGCCUCUUCCAUCGACGACGUUUUUUGCGUCCAUGAGUCCCCAUCGAGCACCAAAAUUCUGCAUGGCGCAGGCGAUGUUGAGCCUUGCCCUCGGCGAUGACAACGACGAGGAGUCCGACGUGUGGGCGCUACGACAAACCGACAACCGCAAGCGCUCACGGGAGGGGGCCACGUCAAAGCAUCUGCACGUUGAGGCGGUGGCACCGAUCACAGUGCUUGUGACGAGGCCGUUCUUGGAGAAACUGUCUUUUGAGGCCGAGGCGCGGUUCUUCACGCAGGUGCACUACUACCAAUCCCUCAUGGCCGCACCAAUUUCGAGGCCUUCGUUCUCGCAGGGAAACUUAAGGGCGUGGGGGAACAACGACUUGGACGAUGACGGGAGUCAAACAGGGGCACAAAUACAACAGCAGCGUGUGAUUCCUCGAAAGGAGCUUAGCAGGAAUCGCGUGCACCAAAAGCGAUGGCUGUCAGAAGUAAAGAUUACAAGCGUCAUUCUUCCUUGCAUUGAGGUGAAGGCAUUAACGGAUCUUCCGGUUCCUCGAGAAUACGCAGCACCUGGCGACAAGGCCAAUGGAGUGUAUGCAACGACGCUGGGUGUGCGGUCUUUUCAGUUUGUCAUGCAGCAAACUCUGCCACCAGCGCAUGCUGCAAUGCCGGUCGAGAAGCGCGCUUUUUCUGCUUCCGUCACGCUUUCCUCACUUGCUGUCAUCACACAGAUUGAGUAUGAGCCCGCGGCGCGUAAUGGAAAUUUGCAAAUCAAAGUUCCCGGCAUUGCAUACGAUGAAGAGAAGGACACACUGGCUGUGGCAUACCUCACGUCUCUGUGCGGGCGUGGAAAGCGUGACAACCAUCAAGGUAUAGGGAGUGGGACAUGCCGUCUCUCUGUGGAUACGGUUGCCCUGCAUCUCACACGCGAUUUCUUCUUUUUUGCUCAUUCAGUCCAUUCGAUGCUGCAGCAGCUUCAGAACAUGCGACAGGCCCAGCAAAGAGAAAAUGUCCCCCUUACCCCCGUACCUGUUCCCAUCCUGCUUCCCCACAAACGUACAGAAAGCUUCCGUGACAUUGUAUUUCCCAAACAAUCUUCGUCCAUGGAUGUUCCAUUUGCCUCACUGGAGCACUUUGGCAUUGAGGCGAGUAUCACCGUUCAGGGCGUUGGAAAUAUAAACUUAUUCCGCGUUGAACUUAUUGACGUGUACCGCGAAGGACGUUACAUACACGUUAACACGGAGUUGUCUAACGUCAUUGAGGUGAAGCGUCCCUCGGCGAAAUUCAUUGCGAGGGUUCCGUUGAAGUGGAAAGGUGAUGGUGCCUUGUCGAACAUGGGCAUGAUAAGCUCCAUACUUCCGACUGCAUCAAGAAUGAUGGGUGCAUCUUUGCCAAGUUCUGAAUUGCGGUCUGAACCUACCUUAGAGCGGGGACGACGCGAUGUGGAGGUGCAGCUCCUCGGGGAAAUUGAAGAAUUGUUGGUCAAGUGUUAUCCGUCAGCGCUGCGCAUUUUCGCUGCGGCAAAGAAGAGGACGACAGUGGUGUCGAUUGUGGCGGAGAGCGACAUAGAGUCGCCUAAUAGACAUUUCACACGGUUGAGGGGACGGUUACCCUCUCUUGAUAUGAAAGCGCCUGGUGGCAGUUUGGGUGUUGUGGUUAAAGGUAGUUUCACUUUGCGCCAGCUUGACGCUUAUUUCUUACAUUCGGAGUUAAACUAUAUGCAGUUCAAGGUGGUCAACCUCACUGGGUGUGGCGAGUCCCGAGCGGAGCGUAUCAGCUCGCGAGAGUGUGUUCAGACUCACGUUUUUACGGAGGCGAUUUCUGAGUGGAUACGAAAGCGGCUGCACGUUUUGGCGCAGAGGGCGCGUUCACGUGCUCCUAAGAGCCGCUGCGCGGCCCCACCAUCCGUGACGCCAGAGUUACAUCUGAGGAAAACGGCUUCCUUCUUUGCCGAAUCUAUAUUGUUGCAGUAUGUUGCCGAUGCAAUAGUGCCGCCGGGCACCUCGAGGGCCGCUAUGCGAGCUCCCGUGGAGUCGAUGCAGGAGCAUAAGGAGUCACGCGUCUUUGUUGCGACCGCAAAGGAACUGGCAGUGGGCAUGCAUAAUGCGGACCAAAAUCAUAUUCCCACCAACGAUGGUGACUCAAAGGAAGCUUCUGACAAGAAGCCCGGGGCUACGCCUGAGGGAGUGCAGAUGAACUUGCAGAUUGACGUUGGAAAGGUCUAUUUCCUUUUGCCAUAUCGUCCUCUAGCCACUGAGACCGUGCAGGCCCAAGUGCAUGAAUGGUUACAAGGGUGGAUAGAGGCAAAGAAGCUUCUCAAGCCCAUGCGCCACUUCAACCGCGAGAAAGCUAGUGAUAGCUGUCUUUCUUUGACGUUGCCCAACCAGAAGAAGAUCCAUGCGUCGUGUUGUGCAGUCCAGUUGCAUGAAGUGUGGGUCAAGGUGGAUUUGCCGCAUGGCAUACACGCGGCGCUGAGGAUUCCGCUCGCAUCUGCAUUUUUUAACUUCUCCUCUGAUAAGAGGUUGAAUUUUAAGGCCCACCUACAUCCAUUUACAUUGACAUCUGAAAGUCCUUCGGCGGGGAGGCAUGCGGUGGAGUUUCCAAGCGUGUAUGCCAUUUAUGCCAAGGACGAGCUGGUGCGGACCGGCAUGUGCUUAUUGGAGUCGGUUGAGAUAACUGUGUCUUCGACCAUUAUUAGUCAUUUGAUUUUGAUUUUGGACAGGAUUGCAGACGUAUACACGGCCGUCUCGAAGCCGUUUUAUGUUGGUAGGGAGGAGGAAGGCGAGAAGGAACGUGUUCAGCAGCCAGUGACGAACGCUUCAUUCGCACCAUCGUCAGGAUGGGAAGGUCGCUUUGUGUUUCUUCUGGGCGGUCUCCGUGUGUCGUACCUCACCUCCAUGACGAACCUGCGCUUCUCUGUGCGGAAGCUCAAUGCUCUGAUGAAAAUGUCAUUUUUGGGAAGGUACCGAAUGUCAAAAUUGAUGGUGAACGUCGUCAAUGCGCAGAUUGCUCUUGUGGAUCGUGACGAUUACGAUCAACUGCAGUCCACGCUACGACAAGCAACGUUUGCGACUCAGAGCGAGGUAUCCGCACCCAGCACAAUGGCGGCGGCGACGCCUAAUCGCGCUGCUUCGUUGACCUCGGAGGAAUCGGCGCGGCUGGUGCGCCCACUUGGCGGUUUCAUUUGGGGCCUUUUUGAAACGUCCUUUACACUCUCCAGCGGGCGAAGCGACAAAAAUGACGUACGGGCAGCUAUUGAGAACAUCUUCGCGGCAUCGCGGGGGAUUCCUGUUGGUUUGCAUGAACUUGGAAAGCUUGGCAUCACUGCCACACGAUGGAAUCUGUCGAUCAGAUCGCCGCUUAUUAUUGCCCGUGUCGGGCUGGCUCCGCUUCUGCGGCGGUCCUUUGAGGAGACAAGAGACCUUGCAGAGAAGUUGCGGUUUGAGUCGCAGCGAGAGGGUCGUUUAUUACGUCGUCAGCUUUUCAAACAUGCGGCGUACCGCCGGUUGACACGCGUACGGAAGCAGGUGGACGCGCAGGUGGAACUAACACAACGGGAAAAUAUAAAGCGUCUACAGGAACUGACGGCGCAGGUGUUGCCGCAGGGCACCUCCGCAUUUCAUAAACGUCCCUCCUACGCAUCACCGUCAAGGAUAGCAACUGAAGCAGAUGAAAAGGAAGAUUUCUUUAACGCAAGGUCCGAUAACAAGUUCUUUGCCACAGUGUCGAACUUCCUUGUAGUUGUGCCAUUUGGUGAUGCGGCAUACCGCAACAUCAUUGAAGGAGAUCAUGAUGUGUUUAUUUCUGGGCGUGGCGCAUUGGCACUGAAUCGCAGGCGCUUUAUUCCCACCAUGGCGCUGAAGCUGAAGGUUGAAAAGUCGACCUUCGCGUGCCGUCUACUCAAGUCACAGAGGUGGGCUCCUGCGAUUCAGCCGAGAGGGUCAAAUGAGGGUUUUGGUGGCUUCAUUGAUGCGGCAGAGCUGGACGCCACAUCCAAAUUGACGUUUACGGCGCGCUACGUGAUGGACGAUGCGCAAAUUUAUUUCAGUGAUGGUUCACCUCUGGAAAGUGACAUUUCGGCAAAAGAUCUGCUUAGCUGCACACACGUUCUUGGUGGACUUGGAACUCUCACCAGCCUGAGCCGUGAGGAAUGCCGCAACUCCUUUUCAAAGGUAUUUAUUAAUUCUAUUGACGUUCCGCUCCAUGUAAAUAAGAGUGGAAGCACAGUAAAAGUUGGUGCUGUUAUGGAUAUGAGCGCACCCCAGAUUUCGAUCUCAACACGCUUUGUGAGCAUCCUUAGCCAGUUCACAAAAGAAAUGCCGUCCGCAUCGCUCUCUGACAUUUUUAAACCUCGUCAAGUGUCGAAAGCAAGACAUGAUGGGGCCGCCACAUUGCCAUAUUCCGCACCACGACGGCUUUCUGAGGAUGUAACGGCAGAAGGGGGAACUUCUCGAAAGGAACGGCAUGCAGAUCCAUUUACCCCUCACAAUGUGCCAAACGCGGCCAAUAAAAGCCCCAAUUCGUACCACUUUGACGUGACGAUGCGGGUUGAGCGUGGUGAGGUGAAGGUUUACUCCAUUCAGAGAGAUGCCGCUGUUGGCUCCCCCAGUGUCCCGCAGGCCUCUGACGCCGCAACAAGUAAGAUGGGCCGUUCGCACCGACGGCGAGUGAGGCUCAACCCCGAGGCGUUGGAGAAGAACACCGCGAGUUCCGGCGCUGCCGAUGCUGCCACUGUGGUGUACCCCAUGGCGGAGCUGCUUGCAUUUCCAACACCUGAUAUCACCACGAUGGUGCUGGCAAAUGUUUGUGACUCCACGAGUGGUGAUCAUGAAUUAAUUGUCCGCAUCGAGCUGCGGGCAAGUGCGGUUGAAAUUUUGCCCUCUAUCAUGUCGCUUGCAGAGGAAAUUGAAGAGUGGGCGACGGUGCAUGACCGCGGCAACAGUGAGCGCGUGACGAAAUUACUCGGCCUCGUAAAGGGAUGGGAGAGGGAUAUUACCAGCAACGACCUUGCUCUACACUCUUCUAUAGCCGAUGUGGCGUUGCCGGUGCCCAGUGCCUUCGCCGAGGCGGUGGCGCAGUCCAGAGCAACGUCAAGCGGGGUAAUCGCACUGCGGCGACAGAAACAGAAUCGCGGUGACAACCCGAAUUCUUUGCAACUUGGAUUUCAGCACUCAUCUGGCGCGGGAUUCUCAGGUCAUGAUAGCAGAGGAAAGAAUACCUUUACGAGCAUUCACAUCCGCAUCACGGGACUACGCUUUGUGCUGAUGACGGAGCCCGCCUCGACAGUAACCCUUUCACUUUUUCUGGACGAGCGGGGUGGCAGUCUGGACUUCUUUGUGCAGCGGUUUUUGGGACAGCCACUGGGGCCUUUUCAAGAAAUGGAUAUAUUUACACCGCCGCCGCUUUUAUUCACAAUUUGCGCUCGAAAGAUGCAGCUGGAAUGCCAAGCGAAGCUGGAAGUGAAGUCAUUUGAGAUGUUUUUGCCAGAGGCAGUGACGUGUGUCGCGUUGCGACGCCGCAAGCACGUGUGGGAACUUACAAACGUGUACAUUCAUACACCGCCUGAUGUCUCGGGAGGUGUUGAUUUGGAGGUUAGGGUGCGAGCGCCGCAUUUGUCGCAGCUUUUCAUUGUACAGGAGCUUUGGCACAAGGCGCUGCUUGAGUCGCUGCAGAGCAUUCGUCAGAUGUUUACUCGCAGUGCAAGCAUCAUAAAAGAAAAUGUGCAGAAGAGUGUCGUUAUUCGCCGUGGUCUAGAAGCGAUGCGUAAGGGCCAGGUGGAGGAGGUACUGGUCGUUGUCGUCACGGCAUCGCACAUUAAGUUGCGACUUGAUCUCAGCUCUGGUAACGCGCAACAGGCAACCUUGGGUGGCGUUAGUCUCAUUCUUCUGAGGACUCGAUCUCCCGCGCGUGUGUGUUACAAGACGUGCUUUGAUUUGGCGGUACGGUCUUUUAUACUGCGUUCUGAGGGUGUUCUUUCCGGUGUGGCCAACCUUGAGAGCGUGCUUAUUAAAGCAUUCUUUAUUGAAAAUGCAGAUAACACGAAAAAUUUGAUGUGUUCACCGACAGGACGCACUUUCCGAGAGUUGUUGUGCGUGCAGAAACUACACGCGAUGUUUAAGGAGCGGCAGUUGAAGGAUGUGUUUGAGUGCCAGGCAACAGAGAUUUCCCUUGGUUGCAUGGACGGAGUGGGUGAGGAGGAACGCAGGACAGUGGAGGCGGAGUUAUCGCUGUAUAGAAGCAGUGUUUUUGUGACACCAAGUACAGUGCCGGCGGUUCUCAGCACCAUUAGCAACGUGGGUGAGGUUGUGUCGACGCAAAGGGAGGUGUCAGUAUUGCGAUUGCGGGAUGGUGGCAUAAAAACGUCUCACACCUCGUUCAAAAAGAAGGUGAAGGAAGUUUUAUUUGACAUUGAGCGGUUAUUAGAGCGAAGGAAAUGUUUGGUUAGCGAUGAACGACCCCUGCCCCUGUUAGGCUUGGACAUCCCAUGCGGCGUGGAGAACAGUAACACCAGCAACAGCAGCCUCAGCUUCAGCCUUAGCAUCAGCAGCAAGGAGAAUGGCAGCACUGACAAACCAAGCGUUGCCAGUGACGAGGCAGAGAAAAGUCUUAUUAUCCCCUUUAUGGGAAACCCGCUCACACGCAUUCCGUGUGGCAAACUCACCAUGAAGCUGGAGCAGACAACUUUGCUGCUUGGUACCGCCUCGACUGGGGCAACCAAUUCUGGGAGCCUCAUUGCGAGCUUCCCUAAGGCGAGGCUGUCUUUUGCGGAGUGCCCCGGUGACGGAAACACGACGGUAAAGAAGGUGCUUGAGAUCAAUACGGAGAACGUGGAGCUCUUUCGUCCUGGUGCCGUCAAAGUAGUCAUUCUCGGGUUUCGUGGCACCAACAAUUUUGAGUUCUACUCCCGGCAGGGGAUUGGGGAUGCUGAAGUUGGCUUCAUGUUAACGCUGCUCCAGUCCAACCCGUGGACGGGAAACCCGCGCUUUCAGGACUUUCAGGAGUUGAUUCAACUCGUGUGCUCCUUCACCGCGAAGGAUAACGCGGAGGUGUUCCAUCGGUUUGGCAGGAUUGACCAGGAGUGCCCUGGGGAGUCAUCGGACACAAAGUCAUCCUGUAAUGCCAAAUCCAGUGGAGAUGCCACUUCUGCAGCGGCCGGUGCCGUUUCUGCUCCCACCGCGGAGGAGACGGUUCAGCAGAACGCCGAGAAAAGGUCCACGGACGAUCGAUACCUGAAGGCUCUUCGACAUGUAAACUUUUCUCCACAACUACGCUUUGGUGGUGAUGUGGCUGUGAAUGUGGAUGUGAUUCUUAAUUGGCUUGGCGUAUCGGAGAAGAUGUUGCCACAAAUUUUACACAUGCAGGCAUGCGAUCGACUGGAGGGUCUUUUAAAUCGUCUUUCAAAAAGAACGAAAAUUAUAAAUAAAUAA